CCAUUUUACUCGAUUAAAUUUUAGAACAACGACUACUUUCGGUUUCAAUUUUGCUGACAAGCAACAGAAACAUGGCAUUUGCAGAUUCCGAUUGGAGGAUUCUCCCAUUUAAAUCAAAAUCUUCUACAAAAGGUAAAGCAACUAGAAAGAGAAUCGAACUAAAUUUACAAAAUAAUGACUACUUUCCCCCUGAAGGACACUGUUGCAUAAAACUAAAGUCUAAUGACAGUGAAUCCACUUUCCUAUAUUUUGGUGGUGCUCGUAGAGUUCAGGAAACCGAAUGGAAAUUUGGACACGAUUUAUUUCAUAUGACAUUCAACCAUGACCCUGAUGAUGCGUAUAUCAGCAGUAUACAGCGAUUCGAUAACAUAAUGGGGGCCCAUUUUCUAAGCUUACAGUCUGCUAGUGCAUGGUAUGACACACGCACCGUUUUUGUAUGGGGUGGAUUAAAUACAGACACAUUUGAAACCAGCAAUGAACUUAUCAAGUUGGAUUUUAUUAGGAACAAAUAUCAGUGUACAAUUUGUCAACCUGCCGGAAAAACUUCAUUAAGUAAAUUAGUACAGAAUGGAGAUAUACCAGUUGGCAGAACUGGACAUACCGUUACACAGUUGAGUGAAAAUGUUAUAGUGAUGCAUGGCGGAUUAUCUCUUCCCAACCGACAUAAACCUGGUCUUGCCAGUCCGUUUUCUCAAGUUUGCAACGACGGUUCAUUCUAUGAGUUUGAUUCAAGAACACUCCGCUGGACAAAAAUCAGAGAUAUUCCGGAUGUAAUGCCUAGAGCCUACCAUACUGCCAACAUUGCUACAAUUUCAGGGACACGAUGUGUGAUCAUAAUAGGAGGUGUGUCAUUCAAAGGGGUAGAGUCUUCACCGUCGGAAAGACUAAGACUUCCAUUAAGUGAACUUGUCAUAUUGAAACUUCAUGGUGUAGCUGAGCGUAGAUACAGUCUAGAUAAGAUAUCUGCUUCAAUUCCAGAAGACAUAUUUAUUUCGUAUCAAAGUGUCGUUUCAUUUAAUAACAUACUCUAUAUCACAGGUGGGUUUGUUCAAAAGGAAGCAGAGAUUACGGAUCCCCCAACAGCCAGCAACAAAUUAUAUGCUAUUGACUUACAGUCGUUGAGUAUUGAGAGUACAGAGUUAGAUAUUAUGUACUGUACUGCUGGGAAUUCAAGUUUUACUUUGUCAGAUGACUGCAUUAUGGUUGUUGGAGGAGUUCUUGAGACAAUAUUUGCAUAUACAACCAAACCAUUGAGACCUAGCCCAUGUGACUUAAAUGAUGAAUGUUGUAUAUCUGACUCUCCAGAAAUUUCACCUAUAGCAUGGGUUCAGUGUGAAAGCAAAUGUAAACGAUGGUUACACCAGUUUUGUGUUGGUCUCCUGGAAAAAGGUGUCCCUAAAGGGAAAUAUGUAUGCUCUACUUGCAAAAGUCAAGGUAGAAAAAGGAAAUCAUUGAAAUAG